ACAGCAGUGGAGGGUAUAUAAAAGCAGUGCAGUUUGGUGAAGAAGUACAGAGCUCAGGACGCAUCUCUUCCGCAGUUCCAAAGAGGGCUCGCUCUCUCGCCUCCUGCUCUGUUCCACGCGCCAGAGUCAGAAGCAAAAAUGAAAAGCAUUUACUUUGUGGCUGGAUUAUUUGUAAUGCUGGUCCAAGGCAGCUGGCAACGUUCCCUGCAGGACACAGAGGAGACAUCCAGCUCAUUCCCAGCUCCCCAGAGAGACCCGCUCAAUGACCCGAAUCAGAUGAAUGAAGACAAGCGCCAUUCCCAAGGCACAUUCACCAGUGACUACAGCAAAUACCUGGACUCCAGGCGUGCCCAGGAUUUCGUGCAGUGGUUGAUGAACACCAAAAGAAACAAGAAUAACAUUGCUAAACGUCAUGAUGAAUUUGAGAGACAUGCUGAAGGGACUUUUACCAGUGACGUAAGUUCUUAUUUGGAAGGCCAAGCUGCCAAGGAAUUCAUUGCUUGGUUGGUGAAAGGCCGAGGAAGGCGAGAUUUCCCAGAAGAAGUCACCAUCGUUGAAGAGCUCCGCCGGAGACAUGCCGAUGGCUCUUUCUCUGAUGAAAUGAACACAGUUCUUGAUAAUCUUGCCACCAGGGACUUUAUCAACUGGUUGCUUCAGACCAAGAUUACUGACAGGAAGUGAGUAUGCCACUGUUCAGGACCACCUUCAUCACCUGCCAGCCACGUGGGGUGUUUGAAAUUUUAAGUUCUGUAAAUGUAAGAGGUGUACUUUGAAGCCAUAUUGCUUUGCAUGCCAAUGAAUAGAUUAUCUUCUGAUGUUAUGUUGCCAAAAGAUUAUAACUGGAAUAAACCAUUGUCAAAAUAUUGCUAAAAUAUCAGCUUUAAAAUAUAAAAGUGAAAAAUCUCUUAUUUUCUUAUUUUGAAUGAAAUAUCCUAACCUGCUUAUAGUUAGCCAUGAAAUUGUUUUUCUAUGAUAUAAUUUGUACAUAUAAAUAAUUUCCAUCACAAACAUCUGCAUUAUAAUAAGGGUAGGGCUGGUAGCCACAGGGGUGAAACUGGAAAGAGAACUUUCUUCUCAAAACUUUUGUCAUAAAAAUGCCUCACUUUCAAUAUAUCAAGGAAUGACUUAA